AUGCCCAAGACGUACGAGUACGACGACUAUGACCAAUGUCUGAACGACGUCCCGGUGGGCCAAGUGGCUGCCUACUGUUUGGUCCGGGUCGUCAUCAAACCAGACGACGAGUCCGACCGAUGGCGCUGGAUUAAGGAAUUCUCAAGCGAUCAGAAAAGACACAUGAACCAUGCCCUGCUGGAUCGUGGAAUCUGUAUCGAGCACUGCAAGAAGCUCGCUAGAGGACUUUCCAAUGAAACCAGACAGGCUCUCAACGUGGAAAAGUUUGACUUUGAUUUCCCGUACAUUUUUGACGUGUCAGUGUUCAAGGAUACUCCCAAAGAUCGGGAACGCUACGCAGAUCUGGUCGAAACUUGCGUCAACUACAAGCUCAACCAGACGUACCAGUUGACGGCUUACACGGAGAUUGAAGUUUGCGAUAAAAAUGAAGAGCCAUUCGAAGUUGAUUCGUUGGAUUUGUCAUUCUUAAUGAUUCUAACUCUACUCGUACUGCUAAUGGUGGCCUCAACCUUGUACGAUAAACGCAUCAACUACAAGCGUAGUGAUGACCACUACAGAGAAGAGCUGACCAGUAAAAAAAAAGCAUUCUUCGCAUCAUUCUCAAUUCUGCGGAACUGGUACCGGCUGACAUCCCGGUCCCAAGGCAACGUGCACAAAAUGUUCCGACCUCUGCAGGCGGUCCGGUUCAUCACGACCGUAAUGGUCAUCAUGGGCCACGCGGUGUUGAUCGCCGGUAUCACACCCAAUUCCAACACAUUUUGGAUUGAGACGCUCUACCACAACAUUGCGGUCAUGAUCCUCACCGGGGGAACGCAAGUCGUGCAGAUCUUCCUCACCAUGAGUGGAUUCCUGGUGGCCUACCACGUUCUGGUCCACCCAGGUUUUGCCAAAAAGGGGCUCGGACUGCUGUUCCUGGUGAAAGCCAUUGUUCUGCGGUACAUCCGGCUGACUCCGAUGUACGCCUUCGUGGUGCUGCUACACGCCACGUGGCUGAUCAAGCUUCAGGACGGUCCCAUGUGGAAGCGAGGUGUCGAAACGGAACGAACCUUCUGCCGGAGGAAUUGGUGGACCAACCUGCUGUACGUGAACAACUUUGUGAACGCGGAUCAACCGUGUGUUCAGCAAACUUGGUAUCUCGGAUGUGACUACCAACUGUACUGUGCUGGAAUCUUGUUGGUUAUUGUGAUCAGCUGGUUUCGGAAGCGAGCGGUUCCAAUUCUGGUGUUGGCAGCCAUCGGAGCCUUCAUACUCACAGCUGUGCACAUCUACAUGCACGAGCUGGAAGGAGUUUUUGUUAUCAUUCCAGAAGCCCAGCGAUUCGUAUUAUGGUUCGACAAGCGGUACCACAACUCAUACAUUCCUUUCGAAGUCAACACCGGAAAUUACCUGAUCGGGAUCAUUGCGGCGUAUCUUUUGAUUCAUAUCAGGAAUAACGAUAUUGAUCCCAUGAAGAAAGCGUGGUUCCGCAUCCUAUGGCCAUUCGUUCUACCACUGGCCAUUGCCAGUCUCCUGAUUCACUACAUCUUCUACGUCAACGACUUCGAAACUCCCUCCGUCUGGAUGUCGAUCUUCUACCCUGCCAUGAAGUACUCGUGGGGAAUUUGCCUAGUGUGGUUCGCUUACGGAGUGUUGUACGGAAAUGCUCCCGUGCUAAAACGGUUCCUAAACCAUCGGAUUUUCGAACCCCUCGGACGGCUAGCCUACGCCACCUUCCUGAGUCACACGUUCAUUAUGCGGCUGUUGUUCCUGAACACGCGCAGUCCACAGCACUCGAACAUUCUUGGAAUGACUGGCAUGGUGUUCUCCUCGGUGGUGCUCUCCUACUCGAUGGCCACCUUCCUGUGUCUGAGCAUGGAGUUGCCGGUGUCGGCACUGCAAAAGCUGCUUUUCGGAAAGCAAGAUGUGGAAGCUGCUCCCAAAAAGCCUGAAGCACCGCAAGUUGCAAGCAAUGGGGAAGCACAGACGAACGGGGAUUCGAAGAGUGAAAAUACUGCCUGA